UUCACGGUCUUCGCACCCUGUGACAGAGGCUACGCAGAUGGGAAAGUGGUGGGGGCUGAAAAAUUCCACGUUGUUCUGGAGAGUGACACUGUGCGGAAAUAUUUAUGAAAGUUAGGCCGUUUUUGGUAAUUUUUGGUCACAUUGGUAAUUUUAGGGGCUUGUUAAAAUGUAAUAAUUAUGUCAAGCUGAAGUUUUUAAUUAAAAAAUAAGAAAAUAAGCGUAUGGAUUACGUGCAUUGACUAAUGUUGUAUAUAUAUCAAUAUAUUCGAUACCUUUCCAAAAAAUGUGUUUCUACAAUGAAAUUGCUGAUUAAUAAUCAAUGGAGAAUGAAAAGAACAUGUCCACAGAAAAAUGAUCUCUUUGCAAUAACUGCUAGUACGUUGUUGCAAAAUGAAUCGUUUCUAACAAGUGGAUGUUCAGAAAUAGAUUCUGCACUAAGGGGAGGUUUUUCUCGCAAGGGUAUAACUCAAAUUUAUGGAGAAGCUGGUAGUGGAAAAACUCAGUUUGCUCUCCAAUUAUGUCUCACUGUUCAGAUUCCAACGAAAGAAAAUCCACAAACUUCCGGCGCUCUAUAUAUUUGUACAGAGGCUCACUUUCCAACCAAGCGUCUUCAGGAAUUAUUGAAAAAGUCGCAUAUUGCUAAAAAAUAUCCGAUUAGUGGUGACAUGAUAUUCGUAGAACAUGUUCCAACCAUGGAGCAACUGGAAGAGUGCAUAUGUCAAAAAAUUCCCUGCCUUUUGAAACAUCGUAAAAUAGGGCUAUUGAUAGUGGAUUCGAUUGCCGCUCCUUUCAGAGUAGAAUACGACGAAAAAGAAUUAAGAAGCAGGGCUAAAAGUUUAAGAAAAAUUGGUGAACAGCUACGUUUUAUAUCAAAAGAACACGAAGUCUCUGUAAUUUGUAUUAACCAGGUAUCAGCAGUGAUAAAUAAAGAUUUGUUGAACACGAAUGGAAACGGAGAACAACCAACUCUCGGAAUAAUUUGGGCGAGUCUCAUAUCCAAUUCCUUUCAUUUAUACAGAAGAGAUGGUAAUCGUUACUUACGAAUUGUUUAUUCUCCUUACUUGCCUUGCAAAACUAUCAAAUUUGAAAUUCGAGACAUCGGAAUUGUUGGUUUCAAGUAAUUAUAAAUACUCUUUUUUUAUAUAUAU